AUUCUUCCCUAGGCCUAUUGACGCAAAGCAUUGUGGUUAAGGGCUCCGUUCGCGGCUAGCUUGUAGCAAUGGCGACGUCUUUAGGUUCUAACACUUACAACAGACAAAACUGGGAGGAUUCGGAUUUUCCGAUUCUCUGCCAAACAUGUUUGGGAGAAAACCCUUACAUCCGGAUGACCAAAGAGAAAUUUGGCAAGGAGUGCAAGAUCUGUGCACGUCCCUUCACUGUGUUCCGCUGGUGUCCUGGGGUCCGGAUGCGCUUCAAGAAGACAGAAGUUUGUCAGACCUGCAGUAAAAUGAAAAAUGUCUGUCAAACCUGCCUUUUGGAUCUGGAAUACGGUUUGCCCAUUCAAGUUCGUGACACUGGGCUGUCCGUUAAAGAUGAAGUACCGAGAUCCGACGUAAAUAAAGAGUAUUACACUCAGAAUAUGGAGAGAGAGAUUGCUAACUCUGAUGGCACACGACCUGUGGGGCUGCUUGGGAAGGCACCGAGCAGCAGCGAUAUGCUGCUGAAACUGGCUCGUACCACACCGUAUUACAAGAGGAACAGACCACACAUCUGUUCCUUCUGGGUGAAGGGGGAGUGCAAGAGAGGGGAAGAGUGUCCAUACAGGCAUGAGAAGCCCACCGAUCCAGAUGACCCGUUGGCUGAUCAGAACAUUAAGGACCGUUAUUAUGGCAUUAACGAUCCUGUGGCUAACAAACUCCUGACGCGGGCCUCCUCCAUGCCCAGACUGGACUUACCGGAGGACAAGUCCAUCACCACACUCUACAUCGGAGGCCUGGGAGAAGACGUUACAGAUUCUGAGCUCAGGAACCACUUCUACCAGUUUGGGGAGAUUCGCACCAUCACCAUCGUUCAAAGGCAGCAGUGUGCUUUCAUCCAGUUUGCUACACGGCAGGCUGCAGAGACGGCUGCCGAGAAGUCUUUUAAUAAACUCAUCAUUAAUGGACGUCGACUUAAUGUUAAAUGGGGCAGGUCACAGGCGGCUCGAGGAAAAGAGAAGGAUGGGGUGACGGAGAGUGGAAUCAGGCUAGAUCCAGUGCCCGGCCUCCCUGGUGCUCUGCCCCCACCCCCUGUGUCUGAUGAAGAUGCCUCCAACAACUACUUCAACCUGGCUCCCACCAGCUCCCAUGCUGUCAUGAACCUGGGACUUCCUCCUCCACCUGGGGUUGCCAUGCCCCCACCGCCUGGCUUUGGUCCUCCUAUGUUCCACACCAUGGAUCCCAUGGCCCCGCCGAUGCCCCCUCCAAUGGCCAUGAGGCCCCCCGGACAGGUCCACUACCCAUCCCAGGAUCCUCAGCGGAUGGGUGCCCAUGCAAGUCGCCAUGGAGGCCCUUAGAUAGUUAUACAGCUACCUCACUGUUGGGGUAUGAACAAGGAAAACAUUGGAAAAAUACCAGCAUCUUAGAAUUUAAACCAUGGCAAAAACCUUUCUUUUUAAAAUUUUGAUUUAUAAUAACCCUUAAUGGUUUCUGUUAUCAUCUUGUCAGUUUUUAUGUUUUGUAUGUAAUGAUAUGAAACGGAUAGCAUGCCUUUUUUAGGGCCGAUUGACAAAGAAUUGGUUGCAGUGACCAACAAUUACCAAGUGGGGGAGCUAUUGACUAUUUCAUGCACCUGAGGUCUUUAUUUGUUUGACAUUUUAUUGUCCUGCACCUCUAGAAUAUUCCAGGAUUCAUAUCAUAUUACAGUUUGUGCUAGUCUCCAUCUCUUCCCAUUUUUCUGUAAAGCAUGUUGUCCUGAAAUGUUUUUAAGACUUUUGUUUUUAAUGUACGCCUGUCUAGUUUGUGGUUCCAUUAAAGAAGCAUCACAUUUUGAAA